AAGGGAUAACGGAGCACAGAGCACAGGGGUACCCUACCUUGGAACGGACGAGUCAAUACUGCAGCGUGGGAUUCAUCGCAACAUUGCAGAUCAAGAUUCUUCAUCUCCGUGAUGAGACAAUACACCACGGCCCGGGCCAUGGCCAGUCGGGGAGGCUCGUGCGUGUCCUGCUGCCAUGUUUGCGUUUUCGCAUUUACUGCAUUUCUCAUUAUGGCUGAGCGGACUGCGCUGAUCUACUGUUUUGUGUACUACCUGUGGGUGGGGCAUAACUACUGCUACGCCCACUGGGCGGGGCUUACGGCUUUGUUCCUCCUCCCUGGGUGGGGUCCCCAGUUGCUCAGUUGGCUGUGGUACCAGGCGGAUGGACGAAUACGUAGCAAAGAUCUCAAAUGGACUCACAUCCUGCACCUGGGCAUCUUUAGAAGGUUAUGGGAGACUAUGACGUCCGCUAGAGAGGAUCAGUGUAGUGAGAUAAUGCAGCAGGCUGACGUUUCAGCUCUCCGCCUGUUGGAGGCGCUGGUGGUCACUCUGCCACAGACCGUACUGCAGACCUACGUCCUCAUCUGUACAGAUGUAGGACUAUCUUCACCAGUCUCAGUAUGUUUUGUGUUGUGUCUGCUGUCCCUGGCCUGGGCCUUGGUGUUGUAUGCCAGAGCCUGUUCCCUCAUCAGACCUGGACAUCUCCCCAUGUCCCCUGCUGCUAUCACCUGUAGACUGCUCUGGAGGGUCAGCAUGUUGGGUGCACGUCUCGCCACCCUCGCACUCUUUACACGCCUGUUCCGUCAGUGGGUCCUUGGAGUUAUUGGUCUUCACUGGUUGGGUGCUACGUUCUGGUUGGUGUCUCAGCAGAGUGACAUCAUCAAAACGCCGCUGCGCUGGCACCUGUUCAACCUGGUGCUGGGAGCUGUUCACAUCUUCCUCUUCCUCAACGUCAAGGACGGAGCCUCCCGAUGCCGCAUGGCCGGAUUCUACCUGGCCAUGUUUAUCGAGAACGCUCUUCUUCUGCUGGCAGGUUCCGACUUCUUCAGUGCUGCAUCAUGGGAUACCAUGGGUAUCCCAACCGCUGUGUUCUGUAGUUUCCUCAUUGGUGUGAUAGCUCUUGUGCUGUACUACCGGUUCCUCCACCCCAAGUCCUUUGAGAUCUUCCAGAGCAUACGUAACCAUGGAAUGGGCGGUGCUUGUGCAGACCGGGGCUCUUCUCUCUCAUUAGAUGAGAAGAACCAUCGCCACGGUCAACUUGUUGGGGGCGGUACUUUGUUGGACCUCCCUGGCCAAUGGCAGGGCUGGAAGCACCACCACUGGCUGCUCAUUCGCCUAGCCCUGAAGACGGGGGAUGUGGCUAGAAUAAGCUACGCUUAUGGCGAUGGCGGAUUGGCCGGGCUGCUGGGACUGCGGGAAAUGGCUCUGCCAAGGUCCCCGGACAUUCCGCAACCUUCUCCCAUUGUUCCACAACCUACUCCCAACGUUCCACAACCUACUCCCAACGUUCCACAACCUUCUCCCAACGUUCCCCAGGUCAAAGAGGUGGAGGAGGUGAUAAAGGCAGCCCCAGCAAGAGACAUCAUCAGUGAGGUGAGACAGGCGGUGAGACAUGAGGUGAGACCGGUGUUGUCCUCUCCCUCUCCCAUCCAGGAGGUCAAGCUGCCUCAGGUGGAGGUCCUAGUUGAGGAGGUCAGAGCCUGCCACCACUCAGAGCCUGCCACCACUCAGAGCCUGCCACCACUCAGAGCCUGCCACCACUCAGAGCCUGCCACCCAGCAGGAUGACUCCAGCCCCCCCCCCUCCGAUGAUCGAGACGACGAAGACUUCCAGAGCGCCGCCUAUGGCUCCCCCACACCCUCGUCCCCCAGGCACCCAGACUACCGACACAUCGACAGCAACGUGGUCACCUCCAGCACCCAAGGGUCACCUUCCGUGGGGUCACUCGAUGUCAGACGUGGUUCGUCUCCAGAGAAAAGGUCACCGUCCCUGCUGGUGGGCAUGGGAAGCCCCCAGCGGAACUUUAAUCCUGCAGAGUCCGGCACCACCUUGUAUUUCAGCGCUGACGCAGUCUCCCCGUCCAGCGGCAGCUACCUGGGCUGGGGCUCUGAGCUGUCACCCAUCUCCAGCUACCGGAGCCCCUACCGCAUCAGGGAGCCCAUCUUCACCUCUACACCCAGACAGGAGCCUCGUGCUGGGCCAGAGGAACCAGGCCCUGGCCCCUCUACUACCACCACCACCGCCAUCACCACCCAUGCUAGAAAACAACUGGUCCAGUUUGUAGACCAUAGAGAUAAAUUGAUCUAGAGGGGCCAAUGGGUGGAGCGAAAUGAUCAGACCUGGUCAAAUACUCUCAAAUACAUGUUGACGUGUGUUUGAUUUAGCUCGACCGAUGUGCAGCUGGGUGGCGGAGUUUACACUUUUGGGAUUAUUUAAUUAGUUCCAUUGUACCACUGUUCCAUUCCAAGCUAAAUCAAGCGAGCGUAAAGUAUUUGAAAGUAUUUUACAUUUAAACAAUAAGGCCCGAAAGGGUGUGGUAUAUGGCCAAUAUACCACAGCUAAGGGCUGUUCUUAGGCACGACGCAAAGCGGAGUGCCUGGAUACAGCCCUUAGCCGUGGUGUAUUGGCCAUAUACCACAAAUCCCCAGAGGUUCCUUAUUGCCAUUACAAACUGGUUACCAACAUAAUUAGAGCAGUAAAAAUAAGUGUUUUGUCACACCAGUGGUAUACGAUCUGAUAUACCACGUCUGUCAGCAAAUCAGCAAUCAGGGCUCGAACCACCCAGUUAAUCAUAUUGUAUUUGACCCAGAUGUAGAGAUUAUGUAGAACCCAAUAUAAAGAGAGUAUUUUAGAAGAUACAUGACAUUAGCCUGGGUGUCAGGCUGGUUCUGCUUUCAACAGUGCUAUUACAACUUUGUUAUCAUGCGAGACAACUGCUUUACUACUAGCCAAGGGCUUGUUGACGAAUUCAGAACCAGCCUGGCCCCCAGGCUAGCCAGAAGUGUUUCACACUAAAUAACUAUAGCAUGUCUUGAGAAUCCAGUAUUAUCAGCCAGUAUGAGGACGUGAAUCCACAUGUAACUGAUACACACAGACAAACUAACAUAAGAGAUGGAAGUAGUCUUUAAUGGAAGUAACAAUGGGAUAUCAUUUUUCUCUUAGGUCCUGAUUCAAUCACAGAUCAAAUCAAUUGCAUUGUGACUUCAUUCAGAAUGUUUACGCUGUAUUCUAAUGACAUAUGAAGUUUCAUGUCCACAUUCAAUGAUAAUGUCUGAAAAUAUUAACGUGUAAGGAUGUGUCGGUUUUAACACGGUUUACACCUGUGAUAGUGUCAGCAUUGUGAGUGAAGCCUCAGUGUGGUUUGCCUUGAUAUGUGAUUGAUUGAAUCAGGGCUGUCAUAAAGAGUUAUGAUAUUAAAUUGUGAUUAUUAAGGAUUGACAGAGAAGAGAGUUUAUAUAUUUGUCUUUUUUUUCUUGUAUAUAUAUGAUAUAAUUUGAGACAGUUUGCACUUUUGCGCAAAUAUGAUUUAUUGUGAUAUGAGUGGUUAACCGAAGGUUAGUCAAGAGAGGCCCUGAUCACACGUUAAGGUUUAGUAUACUUUUAUAGGCUUAGUGUAUAUACGAUAUUUAUUAUUUUAUCCAAAUGUGAUAUUUAAUCUGAAGGUACCCUAGCAAUAUAAGGUAAUAUAAGUUAAUAAUUUUUAUUAUGUGGAAUUUAAACUAAUAUUCAUACUCUUAUUUACGAUUAGUUUACAGCUAGUCCCGACAUGUCAAGCAGACAAUUCAGUCUGGCAUUACAAUAUACAGUAUAUAUGAGAUUAUUCAAUUGUGUUGAAUUCAUUUCGGUCAGUAUACAGUAAGUACUGUUUCCAAGUGUUGAAUGCAUUUGAUAUGGUAAAGAUCUUUAUGAACCAUUUGUAGGGAGGAAUGACUUCUACUUCCUGUGAGACAGGAAGAAGAUCCAACUAAUCUGAUCUAUUGAAGUAGCACCAGAGCAGACUGUAUCUAUCAGUGUGGAAGUGUCUGAAACAAGCUGCUAGUAAUGUAUGUUGAUGAGCUUCCAGAUCCUUUAACCCUACAGCCUGGCCCCAUUUCUUCCCUAGCCCCUUCCCUUAGUCCCUAGGGGCUUAGUUCAUAGAAGGGUCUAGGGAGAGAAGUAGUGGCAGGCCUAUCUAGGGGUUAUAAGUCACGUGCUGCUAUUGAUGUUUGGAGGUCAGUGUUAUCAGAUGUAUUUGUUAAUUAUUUUACAGUUUAUUUUGUUUGAUUGUGUUUUAUAGUGAGUUCAUAACUAACCUUGUCCACGGGCUCAAGAGAGACAGCUGUCUGGGGACCAGAUUAGUUCUGAACUAUUGUUUUACGCUGUUGCUAUAAAGGGAAUGUGUUUAGCUAGAUGGAGCUGAGGAAACGGUAACAUUGCACGUACAUCCUUAUUUUUAUACAGCCUGACACGGUGUACAGUAACUCAUGAUAGAUGUGAAUAAAUAAAGCACUCACACACAUUGCAUUAACUAGCUUUUAGAAUGUAUGUCUGUGCAAAGUUAAUAUGGUAGCUAAUAUAACCUACUAAUAUCAGUAUGGACUCUAUAAUGUAUCUUAGUGCACUAACCAGCUUUUAGAACGCGAUCUCAUAAUCAAACCGAUCAGUUGAUGAUAAGCGCUUGCCUUGUACAAACGACAGCAUCAACUGAGAUGGCUGCCGGGUCUCAUUGCCUUACCUGUAUGUAAUGUUCAUCACAAUAAAUGGAAUGGAGGGGCUUCUA